CCCUGUCCCCUGCGGUCCAGUCUCCAUUGUCCCCAUUCCCCAGCUAACUUCCGGCUUCUCCUCCGCCGCCAUGUCUUCUCUUCCGGCCAAUCAUCCCUCCACUCCCAUCUCCAUCAACGACCCCUCCUACGUCCGCGUUCUCGACACCACUCUCCGCGACGGCGAGCAAGCCCCCGGAGCGGCCAUGACCGCCGCGCAGAAGAUCGCCGUCGCCCGAAACCUCGUCCUCCUCGGCGUCGACGUUAUAGACGCAGGAUUCCCGAUUUCUUCGCAGGAGGAUUUCGAUGCCGUGAAAUCGAUCGCCGAGGAGGUCGGGAGCGCGCAGGGAGGACACGUGCCUAUCAUCUGCUGCGUGGCCCGAUGCUCGAAGAGGGAUAUUGAUGCUGCGUGGGCGGCGGUGGGGGGUGUGCGGCGGUCGAGGGUGAGCACAUUUCUUGCGACGAGUGAGAUUCAUAUGAAGCAUAAGCUGAAGAAGAGCAGAGAUGAGGUGGUGGCGAUUGCAGGGGAAAUGGUGGCGUAUGCCAGAAAUUUGGGGUUUCAAGAAGUCGGCUUCGCCGCCGAGGAUUCCCUCAGGUCGGACAAGGAUUUCCUUUGCCGUGUAUUUGGGGCGGUGAUAAAAGCCGGGGCAAGUACAGUGAUCAUAGCCGAUACAGUCGGCUGCUCCAUACCAUCGGAGAUCGGCAAACUCAUCGCAUAUAUCAAAGCCAACACGCCUGGCAUCGAAAACGCAAUCAUCUCCCUCCAUUGCCACAAUGAUCUCGGCCUCGCCAAUGCCAACACUCUUGCUGGUAUUGAGGCUGGCGCGAGGGAGGUUGAGGUCACCAUCAAUGGUAUUGGGGAAAGGGCUGGAAAUGCAGCACUGGAGGAGGUGGUCAUGGCAAUAAAAUGCCGAAAAGAUCUAAUGGGAGGUAUUUAUACUGGGGUUAACACUAAAUUUAUCAGUGCAACAAGCAAGAUGGUUGCGGAGUUCACUGGAUUUAAUGUUCAACCCCACAAGGCCAUUGUUGGAGCUAAUGCUUUUUCCCAUGAAAGUGGUAUUCAUCAGGACGGUGUUCUUAAAUUUAGAGGCACAUAUGAGUUUAUUUCUCGUGAAGAUGUUGGAUUGGAUCCGACAAGUGAAUCCGGUAUUGUUCUAGGAAAGCUUAGUGGGAGACAUGCUUUAAAAUCUAGGCUUUUGAAGUUAGGUUAUGAUUUAGAUGAGGAAAAGCUUGCUGAAGUAUUCAAGAAGUUUAAAUUGUUCACUGCAAAGAAGAAGCAUAUUACUGAUGAUGAUAUUGAAGAACUGGUAUGUAGUAAAUCUGUGCAGUCCCAGCCAAUAUGGUCACUUGCAGAUCUUCAGGUUAUGCAUGGAACUAUGGGAUUCUCAACAGCUGCUGUUAAACUAAUUAAUUUGGAUGGAACAGAGAGAAUUGCUUGUUCUGGAGGGAAAGGACCAGUGGAUGCUGCCUAUAAGGCCAUUAAUAAUAUUAUGCAGACUCCUAUAAAGAUUGUUGAGUAUACAAACUCUGCUGUGGAUGGAAUAAAUGCCGCAUCUUUGACUCAUGUAGUUGUAAGCGAAGAUAAGGAUCAUAUCUACACACACUGCCCAUCUUUAGAAGCCAACGGUCACAGUAAUGGUCACAUUUCAUCAGGGAAACCCAACGGUCAUUCAAUGAGCUUUAGUGCAAGCGGAGAGAACUUGGACGUUGUGGUUUCCAGCGUCGAAGCCUACUUGAAGGCGGUGAACAGGCUCUUGGCUAAGAAGCAAUCCAUCUGAGAUGUUUGGGAUACCAAAAUCAGAGUUUUUCUCCGCCAGAUCAAUAAGCUCUUCUUUGUUGGUACAAAGAGUAUGUUGAGCCAAAGUUGAUUUCUGCUUAAUUGUAAUCUUUUUUCAAGUUCUCUUGUUAACUUCAAUAUCUAUGUAUCACUUGAGUUUAAACUAUUUUUAAGUGUUUUUGUUUUU